AUGGAUCCAUCUGUGGGCUCCUCCCUCAAGGACCACCCUCAGGGGCCCGAGACCAACGCUUAUCUGGUCAUAUUCUCAGACGAGGGCCCCGGCGAUGCCAUCCACAAGUCAUACUUAGACUUAGCCAAAGAUGCAAUGGCAAAUUCAGAACAGCAGCGGCAGCACAGCAGGCACCGGCGGGCUGCUCUGGAGGGCCCCCACACGGCGGCGCACACCUGCCAGCGGGUGCCGCUCUUCGUGGACUUCGAGGAGAUCGGCUGGUCCGGCUGGAUCAUCUCCCCCAGAGGGUACAACGCCCACCACUGCAGAGGCUCCUGUCCCUUCCCUCUGGGGGGCAGCCUCCGGGCCACUAACCACGCCACGGUGCGGUCCAUCAUGCAUGCCCUGAAGCUGUCCAGUGAGGAGGUGGGCGCCCCCUGCUGUGUGCCGGACAAACUGCAGUCCAUCAGCCUGCUCUACUUCGACGACGACGAGAACGUGGUGCUGAAGCAGUACGACAACAUGGUGGCUCUGAGCUGCGCCUGCCACUGA